CUCAAAACGAUCAUUGUUUACAUUACUCGUUACUUGAUGCAAAACAUUAGUGCAACUAAAAUUCAAGUUUUUCUAAUUUUUCAAGUGAAUUCCAUAGCUAUAAUAAGUGAAUUAUGUCCUAGAUAGUGCGCAGUGCAUCCAAACUAAAGUGAACAUGUCCUGGUUACAGGAUCUGGCCGGAAAGGCCGAAAAUAUCCUCACCAAAAUAGACCAAAACGCUGCGACAGUGCUGACCCGUCAAUCGACUGAAAGUGGUGAUGUGGAAGCCGUGGAACCCCUGCUGGAAGUGACUACUACUAUUCCAUCUGCCGUAGAGAAUCCUCCGGCACCGGUGAAACUUCCGGUUUCCAGAGCCCUAUCGUUGAGUGUUAAAACAGCAUCACCCCGAGGCAUGGUCCGAUCUGCCUCUUCAGCUUCCCACGAAAGAAGUAAUUUUUACGAGAUCGAGACGGGAGGAUCCGUGAAAUCCGAGAGGCAGGCCUCAUCUCGGAGAAGCUCGAUAAGCUCCAAAAAAGAUGGGACUGUGAUUGAGCUUAAUGCGAAUCCUGUGGUCACAAGUGCUAGUGUGGACACCGGGUAUUCCUUGGAGAAAGAACUGGCCGCUACGAAGAUUAUCCUGGCGGAAGUAAAAUCCGAAAGAGACGAGUUGAAGAUCGAAUUAGAAGGUGCUCUAAAUCAGUUGAGCAAUACAGAUCAUGAGAAUAGGAUCAAGGAAUUGGAAGCCCUGUGCCAAGCACUCAUCGAUGAGAAAAACGAGUUGUUCGUGAAGCAAACAUCGAUCGAAGAAUCAAACGCCAAAUAUAUCAAAUCCAUAUCGGAGCUGGAAUCCAUAGUGUCCAAGCACAUCCAGAAUGAGCAAGAACUUCAACAGAAGCUGGAAAUCGCCAAGACGGAAACCAGCAACGUCACUGCAGAGUUGCAGCAGUAUCGAGUCCGAGCUCACGCAACCCUCCAGCUAAAGGAGAAGAUGAUCGAGCAAUUGAAAGAAAACGUGAUUCCAAGCGCCAUGAACAAGAACGGAAAUGUAAAUUCCGAGCAAAUAAUGCUGAUAGAGCUCGAGCAGCUUAAAAACGAACGGCAAAACUUAGCAGAGGAAAUCUCAGCCAUCACCGAGAAGUUCGAACGGAGCAAGCUACAAUGGCAAACGACGGAGGACAGAUUCAGGGGUACCGUCAGUGAACUCGAAGCUAAAGUGGAUGAGUUGCAGCAAAGGCUCAAUGUGGAAACUACAAAACUGCACCAGCUAGACGAUGAUUUGGGUAUCAAGCAGAAGGAGCUUCAUUCGGCCCGGGAGGAACUGGUCAAGCAACGGACGGCGUUUUCCGUUAAACUUCAUGAAAAGUAAGUAUUGAAGGGGAGCUCAACUCACGUAUGCAACUUAGCAAUUAGCAGACGCGAAAAAAAAAUGCAAAGUUUUAUAUCCUUCAAAAGAAGAAUAUCACAGAUGUUAACAAGUCCAAGGCUUGUGCAGUAUCUCUGUGUUGUCCAAUUACCACCCGUAUUUAUACUACCUUAGGUAGACAUAAUGAAUCAUACCUAGGCUAUCAAGAUAUCAACCAUGUUGUGUGGGAAUGUCCCGAAUACGGUAUUGCCAGAUCCGAUUUAUGUGCAUCCCUCAGGGCCCGAGGUAAACCAGAAAAGGAAGACAUUAGAGAUGUGUUGGGUAAACUUGAUCUUGAGUAUAUGAAGCUUGUGUACGACUUCUUGAAGCAAGCUGAAGUCUUCGUCUGAUAUCCCCGUCUUGUUGUUCCACUUGUCCACCUCGUGUCUUUAUUUGAUAUCCCAGUCUUGUUGCUCCACUUGUCCACCUCGUGUCCCUUCGAAAAUCGUCUGUAUGUAUCGUUACAGGUUGUAUGCCCACUCUACGUUUGACCAGCAGCAAUACGCCACACCAAGCUGUCACGUGUUAAUGAAAAGCCCCAUCACCCUAUCCUUUCCUCAAAUAUUUUUGUUCCCCCUAACCUCGACCAAACCGCGAGUUUUUCGGUUUCCCAAAACUAACAUAGUUUAUAAGACAAAAACAUGAAAUUGUAAAUAGUUUUAACUGGAUUCGGCUCCGUUAUGCCCGUUGGCGCAUGAGCCUUAAAUAAAUGAAUAAGUAAAAAAAAUAUUGAAUCAUACCUAGAAAUUUAGGUACUGUCAUGAGUAGUAUUUCAUGUAGGUAGACAUCCUAUGCACACAACCAUUAGGUAGACACUACACAAAGCAUUGCAUCUAAGGUUUGGGACCCUUUGGGUAGAGGCACAGGUACCUAUAGGUACCUAUAUGUAUUUUAUGUAUAGGUACAUAUAUGUAUUUUGGGCAGUUUGACUUCAAUUUUUGUUCAUGGGUAGAUACUGUAUGUAUCACUCCGUGUCCCAAAAGUUAAGUCAAUCGGCUAAAAAUUGACUGAGUUAUAGCAGCUAGUAUCCAAAAUAGGCCCCCCUGCCCAAAUGGUCCCAGACCCUAUAGAUUUAGGGCUGAUUUACAAAUAUAACGCAGAAAUUAGACAUUUCCGACCCACUCACUCGUAUAGACACUAUAGAUUCAGACUCGUGGAGACAUAAUUGAGCAAUAUAAUUCUAGUGUGUUUUACCGUCGAUUAGUGAUUAGACCUAUGUGACAUUAUCCGCAUCCAUAAUGAAUGUUGCAUUAGGUACUCCAUUGCAAAUGAAGGCAAUAAAAUAUCGAUUUUGCUACAGUUUUUUUUUUGUUUUCCCCGAAAGAUUGCAGGGAGGAUUCCCGGAGGAAUCUCAGAAGAAAUUCCAGGAGGAAUCUUAAAAGAAACUCCUGGAGGAAUAUAAAAAGAAAAUUCUGGACUUACCUCUGCUGCAUGACACCUUGAAGGAACAUUUGCAGAAAUCUCUAGUGGUUCAAAAAUCUGUCUUGGAGAGAUCCCUGCAGAAACUUCUAAGAAAUCCAUGAUUUAAAUUUUCGAGGAAUUCCAGAAAGAAAUCCAGGAGGAUUUCCCAAAUGAAUUCAAGUAGGAACCCUAAGGGAUUUGCAGCAGGAAUUCCCAAAGGAAUUCCAGCGGGAAUUUCUAAUGGAAUUCGAAAAGGAAUCCUCUAAGGAUUUCUAGGAGGAAUCAACGAAAAAUAUCCAGAAGGAAUCCCCAAAAGAAUUCUAGUGAGGGUUUCCAAGAGAAUUUGAAAAACAAUCCCCAUAGGAUUUCUAGGAGGAAUCAACGGAAAAUACCUUAGAGGAAUCUCUGGAGGAAUUUCAGGAGAAAUCCCAGAGAGAAUUCUAGGAGGAAUUGCCGAAAAAAAUCCACGAGGAAUCCUCGAAAUAAUUCCAGCAGUAGUUCCCGAAGAAAUUCUAGGAAUAAUCCCCGAAAGAAUUCUAAGAAGAAUCCCCGGAGGAAUUCCAGAAGUAAACCCCGAAGAAAGUCUAGGAGGAAUCUCCUAAGAAAAUACAAGAGAAAUACCUGCAGAAAUUCCUGGAGGAGCCACCGAAAGUAUAUAGGGAGGAAUAUCCGAGGGAAUUUCGAGCGGAAUCCUUAAUGGUUUUUAAAAGGAAACCCCGAUGGAAUUCCAAGAGGAAUCCCCAUGCAAGGUAGAAGAAAUUCAAGAAGGAAUCCCCGAAUUAAUUUUAGGAAGAGUCCCCGAAUUCUAGGAGGAAUUUCUGAAGUAAUUCUAAGAGAAAUCAUCAAAAGAAUUCAAGAAAGAAAGCCCGAAGGAAUUCCAGGAGGAAUCUCUGAAAAAAAAACCGAAGAGGAAUCGCCACAGGAAUUCCAAGAAGAAAUUCCAAAGUAAUUCCAGGAGGAGUUCCCUUAGAAAUUUCAGGAGGAAUCCUCGACGGAAUAUCAGGAAGAAUACCCGGAAAAAAAUUCAGGAGGAAAUCCUGAAGGCAGUUCAGCAGGAAUCCCCGACGGAAUAUCAAAAGACAUCCCCAUUCCAGGAGGAAUACAUAAAGGAAAUCCAGGAGGAAUCCCCAAAGAAAAAUUUUUACAGGAAUUCGAGAAGGAAUCCUCAAAAGAUUUCUAGGAGGAACCAUCGAAAAAAAUCCUAGAGGAAUCCUGGAAGUAAUUCCAUGAGGAACCACUGGAUGAAUUUGAAGAGGAAUCUUCAAAGAAAUUUUAGGAGGAACCCCCGGAGGAACUUUUGGAGGAGUCCUCUAAGGCAGUGGUGCUCAGACUGAAGGAUACCGCGGGCCAAAUUUACAAUGCGGGAUUGACCGGCGGGCCGCAUAGAAUAUCGAUGAACAAAAACAACAAAAAGAACCAUUUUACAACGCCUUUUUGUUUUUGAAAAUCUAAACCGUUCAGAACUUGUGUAAGAGUCAAACUUGCAUCACGUAGUUUUUAUUGUUCGUUAAGUGACAAAAAUAAUAACUGUGGUUCUACAAUAUAUUCAGCAGAACUUUAAGUUUUGUUUUAGUAUUUUAAGGAAAACAAAACGCAAUUUAGGUUCAUAGGCUUGCUUUAGAAAAAUGUUUGAGUAUCAAAUUGAAAUUUAAACAAACAAUUUAGGAGUCGCCUUUAGAUUGCCCUGAAGCCAUUUCAGAAAUUUCUCAUGCAACUUUUAUAUGAUUUUUUUCUGAAUCGCUCCAAAAAUGCUGGAUCUUCUUUUGAACUUUAUUCUGAAGUUAGUCCAGAAGAUUUUCAAGCAAUUUCUUUAACAGCUUAUCUUGAAAUUGCUUAUUCAGAAAAUUUCUGGAGUAUCUUUUAGUAUUUCUAGAACUCCCUUGGAACGCCUCCAAGAACUUUUCUUAGAUUUACCUUUGGAAUUGCUCUGAAGUUACUUUACGCAUUUACCAUUAAUCUUUUCCAAGUAUUUCUUCUAGAAUAGCUUCCGGAUUUUUCCUGAAGCUUCUCUGGAAAUUUUCCUGGAGUUGCUCGAAGAUUUAAGUGAAAUAUUUCCAUAAGUCUCUUCUGGAGUUGCAGCUAAAGAUUUUUAUUAAAGUCUUUUAAAAAUAUCUUGAGGUUUUCUAUGAACUCGACAUAAACCAGAAUGUUUCACAAAUAUUUCCCAAAGUGCCUCCAGGAAUGCUCCUAUGCUGCUAUCGAAAUUUAUCCUAAAGAUGCACCGGAUUUUUUCUUCUUGGGAUUCUUUACAAUUAUCCCUGACAGUUUUUUUUUUAAUCCCUGACAUUUUUUUUUAAUUAUUUUUUAAAGUUGCUUUAAGAUUAAUGUUCAGAUAUUCCUCAGGCGUUGCUGCAAUUGAUCCUGGAAUCCUGUUUAUAGUUUUCAGAAUAUAUUAAGUUACUCCAGGAAUUUCUUUUAAAGUUGUUUGAGAUAUUUCAGCUACAGUAACACCAGAACUAUUUUUUUCCGUGACUUAGCCACAAAACCAAGCUUACGACGCCGGAAUAUUUCGGAGUCGUGAGUUCAUAUCUUACCGGAACGGAUUGUUCUUUUUGUAUUUUUAACAUUUUAAUUGAUCAGCUAAUUUUUUUUGUUGGAUUUCUUAAGAAACUGAACGAGUUAUUCCAAACAAUCGUUCAAAAAUUUCUGUACGUCGAAAAGUACUCCGCGGGCCGCAUCUCAAGGCUUGGAGGGCCGCAUGCGGCCCGCGGGCCGCAAGAUGAGCACCACUGCUCUAAGGCAUUUCAGGAGGAAUACCCGCAGGAAUUUCAAGAGGAAAUCCCGAAAGAAUUCCAGUGCUAAUCCCAAAGGAAUUCCAGCAACAAUUCUCAAAGAAAUUCCAGCAGGGCUCCCCAAAAGAAUUUCAGUGGGGAUUUCCAAGGAAGUUCAAGGAAGAAUCCCCAAAUGAUUUCUAGGAGGAAUCAACGAAACAUAUCCAGAGGAUGUCUCCGAAGGAGUUCCAGGUGAAAUUCCUGAGGGAAUUCUAGUAGGAAUCACCGAAAGAAAAUCUAGGAAGAAUCCCCGAAGGAAUUCCAAGAUGAAUCUCCGAAAGAAUUCCAGGCAAAUUUCCCGAUAGAAUUCUAUGAGGAAUCUCCGAAGAUAUUUCAGGAGGAAUUAUCGAAGGAAUUCCAGGAGGAAUCCUUGAAGGAAGUCCAGGGGAACCUUUGAA